UCUCACGCCACAUCCGGUUGUGCAGCAGCCAUUUUGUCUGUUCAUGCAAGUCCACCCCUCACGGUCAAGAACUGCGUUCCCCCUUCGAAAAUAACCUGAAAUAUUGUAUUCUUUUUGUAUAUUAUGUGGCACUUAUACGGAUUUAAAAAUUACAAGUUCGAAGAUGGCUUUCUCUUCGAAAUAAAUAGCGUAUUUUUUUAGUUGUGUACGCGAAUAAUUAAGGUUAUGUCGUGCGAGGAAAGCUACUUAGCCAUCAGGCGCUAUCUGACUGAUGAGCGGGAGCCGUACGCACCGGGGACCCAUGGCAAUACUAAAAGAAAGAUACGUAAAGCAGCCGCUUGCUAUGUCGUGCGGAAUGGCACACUGUACUACCAGAGAAGGCAGAAGGGCCUGGAUGAAUUCACCGAGUUGGAAGUGGUGUUGCAGGCAGGACGGAGGAAGGAACUGAUCGACGAGUCACACAUUGUCACCGGAGAAGAGCACCUCAACCAGCAUCACACUUGGGAAUCAAUUUCUCAGAAGUAUUGGUGGAGAGGUAUCCUGAAGCAGGUGAAGGACUACAUGAGACAGUGUAGGCAGUGCCAGAACAGACAGGACCGGAGAGGGUUGUCAGAGGACCGGAGCGGAUCCAGACUGGUGGGCCGACCAGGGAGACCAAGGAGGGUCACAACCCCAGCCAGUGACGAUGAUGAGGUGGAGGAGGAAGAGGAGGAGGAGAUGGACUUGGUGACUUCCAUUCAUCACAAGACCAAGAGCCCCAGGACUGUGGCUAAACACGAACUGGUCUUUGUGGACAGUAAGGGAGUGGUGAAGCAGUACCUUCCCAGACACGGUCAGACGAUGCUGGACAAGCUGAACCAGCAGCGCCUCAACAACCAGUUCUGUGACAUCACGCUGCUGAUCGAGGGGGAGGAGCACAGGGCCCACAAGGCUGUGCUGGCCGCCUGCAGCGACUACUUUAAUGAGCUGUUUAUAGAGAAGGGAGCUGUGUCCAGUCACGAAGCGGUGGUCGACCUCUCAGGUUUCAGCAAGGUCAGUUUCCUCCCCCUGCUAGAGUUUGCAUACACCUCCAACCUCUGCUUCAACUUCUGUGUGAUGGCCGACGUUGCCACGCUGGCCCGACACCUUCUGAUGGCCGAGGUCCUUCAGAUCUGUGAGUCCGUCCACAAGCAGGUGGAGGAGCAGAAGCUGAUGGUCUACCAGCAAGGAGACAUCCACACGGUGGUGUCCAGCCAGCCUGCACCCCAACAGGCCCCGAAUGAAGACCCUGGGGCCUACAUUAUGACUAUCGGCAGCGACGGCCAUGCCGUGGUGACUCAUACUGGGCUAGCUGGAGCAGGGGAGGACCUGGACUCCCUGGCUGUCGUGGAAAACACAGCAGAGUCCUUCAGAGGGGAUCUGACGUCUGUAGUCAACCAGGCUCUGGGAGGUGAACCAGGGGAGACUAUGACCGUGGUUGGGGAGGCAGGGUCAGAGACGGUGACUCUAGUCACCCACAGUAGCCAGGCCCGGGUAGGCGAGUCGGUCACCCUCUUCUCCCCUACUGGCGAGACCGAGACCAUGACGGUCGUGACCCACAGCGGCCAGGCCCGGGUAGGCGAGUCGGUCACCCUCUUCUCCCCUACUGGAGAGACCGAGACCAUGACGGUUGUGACCCACAGCGGCCAGGCCGGCGCCAAUGAGUCCCUGGCCGUGGUGUCAGCUUGUCUGGCCCUGGAGCAACAGCAACAUGAUGAAGGGGAAGAGGGGGACUCCCUCUCCAUGGAGCCGGGGGCCUUCCUCAUCAGCGUGGACCCAGGGAAGGUGGCCCCUACUGAGGUGGUCCAUCUGGCUGUAGAGCCACCUGUAGUCCAGGUGGAUCCAGCACCCCAGGAGGAGGAAACGUCGGCACACCAGACUGUCGAUCCAGCACCCCAGGAGGAGGAGACGUCGGCGCACCAGACUGUCGAUCCAGCACCCCAGGCCGAGCCCCAGCCCCCCAAGAGGAAGAGAGGACGUCCUGCCAAGGUGAAGCAUGAGGUGAUCGAGGAGCCAGAGUCUCCUGUCGAGGAGGAGGUGGUGGAGGUGCCAGAGCCGGUCUCUACUCUUGCAGAGGAGGUUCAGAGGACCCAUGACCCCUAUAAGAGACGCCUACGGCAGCGUUCCAUGGGGGAGGGGGGGUACGUCAGGCUACACAUGGGGCUGGAGGAGGACAAAGAGGACAAGAAGGGAGCCCAGACCCCACAGCGCCCAAGCACCCCCAAGAAGAGGGGUAGACCCGCCAAGAGGCACGUUGAAGAGAUGGAAGCUGCUGUGGCCGGUAUGGAGAAUGUUGUCCAGACAGAGACUGAGGGCGUCCAAUCACCAGACGGCAUUCUAUAUGGAGCACCUAUCACAGAGCAGCCCGUGGGGCAGGGGCCAGAGCCGGGUCAAGGCCCCUCGCAGCCAGAUGGAGGGAGUGAGGUGGAGGGAGAACACGCCUGUUCAGAGUGUGGACUGUCGUUUCACAGGCGCUAUGCGCUCAUCAUGCACACGCUCAAACACGAGAAGACCCGAGGAUACAAGUGUACUUUAUGUAACAAGGAGUUUCAGUACGCUGCCUCUCUGAGGGCCCAUCUGGCCAGACACAAGCACCAGAAGAGUCAGAGGCCGACCCUGGUCAGGGUCCCCCAGCCCCACGGCGAGGAGGGCGUCGAGGGGGACGGCAGGACCAAGGGACGCACCAAGAGAGAGUUUGUCUGUGACAUCUGUGGAAAGACUCUUCCUAAGCUGUACUCUCUGAGGAUCCACAUGCUGAACCACACUGGGGUACGGCCCCACUCCUGCAGGGUCUGUGGGAAGACCUUCGCUCAUAAACACAGCCUGAAGAUGCACAGAGCUCUACAUGACGCUGCUAAACAGUUCCACUGUCUGCUCUGUGACAAGUCCUUCGUUAGUAAGAGAAGUCUGGAGGAACACACCAGUAUUCACACAGGUGAAUCUAAGUAUCUCUGUACCCAGUGUGGAAGGUCGUUCCACCGAGCCUCUGGUCUGAGUAAACACAUUAAGAGACACCAGCCCAGACCUGAAGUACGAGGAUUCCCCUGCAAUCACUGUGAUAAGAGUUUCUUUGAGGCCAAAGACCUGCAGCAGCACAUGAACAAACACCUGGGACUCAAGCCCUUCCAGUGUCAGGUUUGCGGGAAGUGUUACAGCUGGAAGAAGGACUGGUAUUCCCAUGUGAAGUCCCACAGUGUGGCAGAGCCUUACAAGUGUAACGUCUGUGGUAAGGAGUUCUUUGAGAAGGCUCUGUUCAGGAGACACGUGAAGAAGGCCACGCAUGGCAAGAAGGGCCGAGUCAAGCAGAACCUAGAGAGGGAGUGUGAACACUGUGGCAGGAAGUUCACCCAGCUCAGAGAGUACAGGCGACACAUGAACAACCACCAGGGAGUCAAACCCUUUGAGUGUCUGACGUGUGGAGUAGCCUGGGCCGACGCCCGCUCUCUGAAGAGACACGUACGCACCCACACCGGCGAGCGCCCUUACGUGUGCCCCGAGUGCCAGGAGGCCCACAUCGAUGCCCGCUCCCUACGGAAGCACAUGACCAAGUACCACGGCGACCUCCUGCCGGGGAAGAUCAUGCUGGAGAAAGACACCCUACAGUUUCACAACCAGGGUACUCAGGUGGAACACGCCGUCUCCAUCCUGGCGUCCGAUCUCCCCCCCGAGCUCCGGCCCGUCCAGCCGCCGCCGGCCGAGGAGAUCGAGACGGUGCUGAUCACGGAGGAGACGGUGGAGGCGGUUCAGGCCGUACAGGGUGACGGGGUCGCGACCUUGUCAGACCAGAGCAUCAUGCAGGUGGUAAACUAUGUGCUGUCUCAGCAGAGUGUACUGCCCGGGGGGGUGAAGAUGGAGGAGCAAGAGGUUAUACAAACCACGGAGGUGGUACACAUGGCAGAGGUGGAGUGAUGUGACAGACCAGAGGUGGAGUGAUGUGACAGACCAGAGGUGGAGUGAUGUGACAGACCAGAGGUGGAGUGAUGUGACAGACCAGAGGUGGAGUGAUGUGACAGACCAGAGGUGGAGUGAUGUGACAGACCAGAGGUGGAGUGAUGUGACAGACCAGAGGUGGAGUGAUGUGACAGACCAGAGGUGGAGUGAUGUGACAGACCAGAGGUGGAGUGAUGUGACAGACCACCUAGUGGACAGCAAGAAUGACUCGCAUAGCCACUAAUAUCCCUAAUCCUGAACCAGGUGGAGUGACUCUCGUAUCCCUGACCUAUCACAACCCAGGUGGACAGGUUGACACAGGACUGUCAGUCUCUGUCCUGAGGUGGAGGAACAGGGAAUGGGUCAGGUACCUGGGCGGUGUUCAUUAGGGCACAACUGUAGCAAAACAUUCUGCAAUGGAAAACAAUGUGUUCUUAUGAGACGAAUUCAGGUACUGCUCCUCUGUUUUCCCCCAAUUGAACAGGCCCCUCUUGUCUACAGUGGGACAGAAGGAACAAAGUUGACUAUUUUUUACUGAAUAUAUAUAUAUAUAGAUUGAACGAACUGAAUUGAUUUAAAGCUCAAUCCAUUCUUGUGUGUAAAUAGUGGCAGUCAUUUAAAUAUUCUGUAUUAAUCUGGACGAAGUUGAUGCAUUCAUGAAUCUCACCACAUACCGUUGAAUCGCAGAUAUUUUAUUAAAUGAUUGAAUAAUCCAGUUUUCAGACUUUUUACUUUUCCUUCAGGACCAUGUUUUAUUUACCAUGUUUGUACAACUGAUCUGCAAGCUCAUCGUCUGGUAUCACUCAUCGUCUGGUAUCACUCCCCCCUUUAUAAGUUGAAGCUCAUCGUCUGGUAUCACUCCCCCCUUUAUAAGUUGAAGCUCAUCGUCUGGUAUCACUUCCCCCUUUAUAAGUUGAAGCUCAUCGUCUGGUAUCACUCCCCCCUUUUAUAAGUUGAAGCUCAUCGUCUGGUAUCACUCAUCGUCUGGUAUCACUUCCCCCUUUAUAAGUUGAAGCUCAUCGUCUGGUAUCACUCAUCGUCUGGUAUCACUUCCCCCUUUAUAAGUUGAAGCUCAUCGUCUGGUAUCACUCCCCCCUUUAUAAGUUGAAGCUCAUCGUCUGGUAUCACUCAUCGUCUGGUAUCACACCCCCCUUUAUAAGUUGAAGCUCAUCGUCUGGUAUCACUCCCCCCUUUAUAAGUUGAAGCUCAUCGUCUGGUAUCACUCAUCGUCUGGUAUCACUCCCCCCUUUAUAAGUUGAAGCUCAUCGUCUGGUAUCACUCCCCCCUUUAUAAGUUGAAGCUCAUCGUCUGGUAUCACUCAUCGUCUGGUAUCACUCCCCCCUUUAUAAGUUGAAGCUCAUCGUCUGGUAUCACUCCCCCCUUUAUAAGUUGAAGCUCAUCGUCUGGUAUCACUUCCCCCUUUAUAAGUUGAAGCUCAUCGUCUGGUAUCACUCCCCCCUUUUAUAAGUUGAAGCUCAUCGUCUGGUAUCACUCAUCGUCUGGUAUCACUUCCCCCUUUAUAAGUUGAAGCUCAUCGUCUGGUAUCACUCAUCGUCUGGUAUCACUUCCCCCUUUAUAAGUUGAAGCUCAUCGUCUGGUAUCACUCCCCCCUUUAUAAGUUGAAGCUCAUCGUCUGGUAUCACUCAUCGUCUGGUAUCACACCCCCCUUUAUAAGUUGAAGCUCAUCGUCUGGUAUCACUCCCCCCUUUAUAAGUUGAAGCUCAUCGUCUGGUAUCACUCAUCGUCUGGUAUCACUCCCCCCUUUAUAAGUUGAAGCUCAUCGUCUGGUAUCACUCCCCCCUUUAUAAGUUGAAGCUCAUCGUCUGGUAUCACUCAUCGUCUGGUAUCACUCCCCCCUUUAUAAGUUGAAGCUCAUCGUCUGGUAUCACUCCCCCCUUUAUAAGUUGAAGCUCAUCGUCUGGUAUCACUCCCCCCUUUAUAAGUUGAAGCUCAUCGUCUGGUAUCACUCCCCCCUUUAUAAGUUGAAGCUCAUCGUCUGGUAUCACUCAUCGUCUGGUAUCACUCCCCCCUUUAUAAGUUGAAGCUCAUCGUCUGGUAUCACUCAUCGUCUGGUAUCACUCCCCCCUUUAUAAGUUGAAGCUCAUCGUCUGGUAUCACUCAUCGUCUGGUAUCACUUCCCCCUUUAUAAGUUGAAGCUCAUCGUCUGGUAUCACUCCCCCCUUUAUAAGUUGAAGCUCAUCGUCUGGUAUCACUCCCCCCUUUAUAAGUUGAAGCUCAUCGUCUGGUAUCACUCCCCCCUUUAUAAGUUGAAGCUCAUCGUCUGGUAUCACUCCCCCCUUUAUAAGUUGAAGCUCAUCGUCUGGUAUCACUCAUCGUCUGGUAUCACUCCCCCCUUUAUAAGUUGAAGCUCAUCGUCUGGUAUCACUCAUCGUCUGGUAUCACUCCCCCCUUUAUAAGUUGAAGCUCAUCGUCUGGUAUCACUCCCCCCUUUUAAGAUGAAGCUCAACUAGCACCUGCCUCCCCUGACCACCGGCUGGAGGGGAAACAUAAUAAACCUAUUGCUUAUGUUCAUCUUGUCUGUCUUUCUCUCAAAGACCACACAGUGUACAGGCUGACUUCGUACUGCCAAUAAAUGACUAAUCUGUUUUAAUGUAAGGCCUACGUACUGCCAAUAAAUGACUAUUCUGUUUUAA